UGAGUACUAGGAAAGAGACCAAAAGAGAGAAUAAAUUGCUUCAACUUUCCCGAGUUGAGAGCUACCAAUAAAGCAAAAGGAGGAACGUGGUGAAACCUUAAAACGAUGGAAGUGUGUUAAUGAAGGGUUUAAAGUCAACCACUUGGAAAUGGCAAAUCCAAUGGGAAGGAAGACUUUUAGAGAGCUAUUAUCAAAGUUAAUCUCGCACAAAUACUCACUAAUCAUAUAUCAUAAUAUUUAACUCGUUGCUUAAUGGAUCUGAUAGCUUUAAUUUUAGCUAAUUAUUAGUUUAACUAAUCGUAUAUCACAAACAUGUUCACAUUUUCAUAUGGGAGGAUGUUUUUGCAUGCUUGAUAUGCCCUUCUUGAACAAAGCGAACAGAGAAGACUUUGGAGUGGAGAUCACAUGAUUUCUUACUAACUUUCGGUUCAAGUUACUUUUUUUUCACUACUCAUUCUACUCUCUUCUCUCAAAUCUUCUUCAUAAUCUUCUUCUUCAUCUUCUUCUUCUGGUCAAAAGCCAUAACCAAAAUGGCUAAUGAUCCGCUGAAGCAUUCUCCAUCUCAGUUUUCCCAAAUCUUCCAUGUGUUCUUCUUACUUGUUGGUUUCUCCAUUGGAAUGGCUGUCAGUUUGAACCUCAAGAGCUUCUCAUCAUUCAACAUCCAGCUCCCCAACUUUUCCUUACCAUCUUCACCAUCAACAACACUAGUGUUUAUCAGACAACAACAACCACCUCCGGCCUCAUCGUCACCGCCACCACUUCAACCGCCAUCUCCUUCAGUUGACUCCUCCGAAAUGAAUAGUUUUUUUGAGGUGAACGUAGAGCCGCCUCUAAUGCAUAGAAUGAGUGAUGACGAGGUGUUUUGGAGAGCAUCCAUGGUUCCAAUGAUCAAAGAAUUUCCAUACGAACGUGUGCCAAAAAUUGCUUUCAUGUUCCUGAUAAAAGGGUCAUUGCCUUUAGCUCCUUUGUGGGAAAUGUUCUUCAAAGGACACGAACACCUGUUCUCAAUUUAUGUGCAUACUCAUCCAUUGUAUAAUGUUUCUUCUUCUCUGCCUCCAAACUCUGUCUUCUAUGGAAGAAGAAUCCCAAGCCAGGCAGUGCAAUGGGGGAGACCUUCCAUGAUCGACGCCGAGCGUCGCCUUCUAGCAAACGCCCUUCUCGACUUCUCUAAUGAAAGAUUCAUCCUCCUCUCAGAAACGUGCAUUCCUCUCUACAACUUCACCACCAUCUAUAACUACCUCAUUAAUUCGCAAUACACCUUCGUUUCUUCCUACGACGAUCCCCGAAAAAUAGGUCGUGGUCGAUACAACCCCCGGAUGUUUCCAGUCAUAUCGAUCGCCGAUUGGCGAAAAGGAUCGCAGUGGAUUGAAGUUGAUCGAAGGGUGGCCAUCGAGAUAAUCUCCGACUCAACAUAUUACCCUGUUUUCAGGGAGCACUGUGGGCCGCCAUGUUACAUGGACGAGCAUUACAUUCCUACAUUGGUUAAUAUUGUUUUGCCAGACCGGAACUCCAACCGAACCGUUACUUGGGUUGACUGGUCCAAAAAUGGUCCGCACCCUGGCAGAUUUGGGAGACGGGAGAUCUCGGUCGAGCUUUUGAACCGGGUUCGGUUUGGUUUUAAUUGUAGUUAUAAUGAUGGAAACGAGACCGUUUCACUAUGCUUUUUGUUUGCUCGGAAAUUCAUGCCCGAUUCUUUACAGCCUCUGCUCAAGAUUUGGCCGUCGCUAUUGCAAGGUUUGAUUUAAGCUUUAAAUAUAAUGUUUGGUAUAUUAUGAAAAAUGAUUCAAUUCUUUUUACACAAAUUGAUGUAAUCUUGAUUUGAAUUAUAUUAUACGAAACGAUUUAAUGAGGUGAGAUUCACAAAAGUUUUAAUUUCCUUUGGACAUUUUUAUUUGGAUCUCAUGAAUUUAAUGAGACCAUUAAUUUGGGUGAAUUUAGGUAGAUCCUAUGCUAAUGAAUCAUAUUAUUUAAAUAAGCUAGAAGGUAAAACUUGUAUAUACUUUUAUGAAGUACCAUAUAAAUUACAUUUCUAUGGA